AUGGCUCUACGGCCACAGGAGACGUGGCAGAUUGACAACGUUUAUGUGCUGAAAAAAGGAACCUAUUUAUCACGUGAAUUACCAAGCGCCUCCGUAUCAGUAAUACAUGUUUUUUUUUUGCAUGGCCAGGUAAUACACGCUUGUCGUGGAGGCUCGGGCCCAAGAGGAGUUGACGUUGGAUACGUGCAGAAUCAAAUUCAGACUCCGAUACGUGUGGAUCUUGGAAUACCUGCUGCGACUUACCCUAUAUCUAUCUAUCUACCACGUACAGUAUAUCCCUCGACAACAAAACAAAAGCUCGCAUUAUUGGAUCCCCCGGCCGGCGAGAUGGCGGCGGGUGCGACGACGAUGGAUGGGACCGUGAAUCUCUCCGGCGAGCCGGCGGUGAGGGGCAAGACGGGGGGUUGGAGGGCGUGCCCCUUCAUCCUGGCCAACGAGUGCUGCGAGCGCCUCGCCUACUACGGCAUGAGCUCCAAUCUGGUCAACUACAUGAUCGACCGCCUCCACCAGGGCAACGCCGCCGCCGCCACCAACGUCAACAACUGGUCCGGCACCUGCUACGUCAUGCCCCUCCUCGGCGCCUUCAUCGCCGACGCCUACCUCGGCCGCUUCCGCACCAUCGCCGCCUUCAUGUCCCUCUACAUCGCCGGCCUCGCCCUCCUCACCCUCACCGCCACCGUGCCCGGCCUCCGCCCGCCCGACUGCGCCGGCUGCAAGCCCGCCGCCGGCCAGACCGCCGCCUUCUUCACCGCGCUCUACCUCAUCGCCGUCGGCACCGGCGGCAUCAAGCCCUGCGUCUCCUCCUUCGGCGCCGACCAGUUCGACGACGCCGACCCGCGCGAGAUGCGCAGCAAGAGCUCCUUCUUCAACUGGUUCUACAUGUCCAUCAACGUCGGCGCCCUCGUCGCCUCCUCGGUGCUCGUCUGGGUCCAGAUGAACGUCGGCUGGGGCUGGGGAUUCGGCAUCCCCGCCGCCGCCAUGGCCGUCGCCGUCGUCAGCUUCCUCAUGGGGAGCAGGCUCUACAGGUACCAGAAGCCCGGGGGCAGCCCGCUCACCAGGAUGCUGCAGGUCGUGGUCGCCGCCUGCAGGAAGUCGCACGUUCCUCUCCCCGCCGACCCCUCCCUGCUGCACGAGGUGGCGUCGCCGGACGGCAAGGCCGCCAUCGAGGGCAGCAGGAGGCUGGAGCACACGGAGCAGCUGAGGUGCCUGGACAAGGCCGCCGUGGUGACGACGCCCGGCGGCGCUGAAGAAGAGGACGAGGGCCCGUGGAGGCUGUGCACGGUGACGCAGGUGGAGGAGCUCAAGAGCAUGGUGCGGCUGCUGCCGGUGUGGGCGAGCGGCAUCGUCAUGUCGGCGGUGUACAGCCAGAUGAGCACCAUGUUCGUGCUCCAGGGCAACACCCUCGACCCGCGCAUGGGCGCCUCCUUCAAGAUCCCCGCCGCCUCGCUCUCCAUCUUCGACACCAUCGCCGUCAUCGUCUGGGCGCUGGCCUACGACCGGCUCAUCGUGCCCGCCGCGCGCCGGAUCACGGGCCACCCGCGCGGCUUCACGCAGCUCCAGCGCAUGGGCAUCGGCCUGGUGAUAUCCAUCUUCUCCAUGGUGGCCGCCGGGGUGCUGGAAGUUGUCAGGCUCCACGUCGCCGCCACACACGGCAUGCUGGACUCCAAGGAGUACCUGCCCAUGUCCAUCUUCUGGCAGGUGCCGCAGUACUUCAUCGUGGGGGCGGCGGAGGUGUUCACGUUCGUGGGGCAGAUCGAGUUCUUCUACGACCAGUCGCCGGACGCCAUGAGGAGCAUGGGGUCGGCGCUGUCGCUCACGUCCAACGCGCUGGGCAACUACCUGAGCACGCUGCUGGUGGUGAUCGUGACGGCCAUCUCGACGAGGAACGGCGGCCUCGGGUGGAUCCCGGAUGACAACCUCAACCGGGGGCACCUCGACUACUUCUACUGGGUGCUGGCCGUGCUCAGCGCCCUCAACUUCAUCGUCUACCUCUGGAUAGCAAAGUGGUACAAGUACAAGGCCACAGCACCUCCUGCAGCAGCUUCAGUCGUUGCCAUCGACGACACCAAUUAG